AUUUUUUGCAGAACUUUUUCUGAUUCUAUAAAUUUUAAAGUUCAGAUUUCAUAGCUUUUUUCCGAAUUGAAAGCUAUGUCGAUUCAUCAAACUAUUGAUUAUGAAGAUGCGGAUGGCAAUUUAUUUUCAGGAGAGCUGUAUAAACCAAGCUCCGAUAACUCUACUAAACAUCCCGGCGUUUUGAUUUUCCCUGCAUUCCGAGGAGUGUCCAAACUGGAAAUUGCAAGGGCAAAAUUAUUGGCUGAAGAACAUGGAUAUGUAGCUCUUGUUGCUGAUAUUUAUGGAAAAGGAAUUAGAUGCACAGACAUCUCAUCGGCAGUGACACUGCUCCGUCCUAUGACUAGCGAUAGAAAUGGAAAGUUGAAACCAAGAUUAGAAGCUGCUUUAAAUGCCUUGAAAUCUGUUCCAUGUGUAGAUAAACAGAAGCUCGGUGCAUUUGGAUUCUGUAUUGGAGGACUGUGUUCCCUGGAUUGUGCUCGUUAUAGAUUUGAUGGAAUUCGAGCUGUUAUAAGUUUUCAUGGAACUCUGACCCCUAUCGAAGGAAUUCCUUUAGAACAAUUAGAUGAUAUUUUUAUUCAAGUUCACCAUGGAGAUGCUGACGCACAUGUUUCAAAAGUCACCGUUGACGCAUUCCACGAAGAAAUGAGAGCAAGAAAUUCCGACUUUGUUUUUAUUUCUCAUGGGAAAGCAAUGCAUUCGUUCACUGAUCCUGAGUCUGCUGAAAUUGCCCCAUCUGGAGUCGGUUACGAUGCGAAUGCUGACAAAAGAUCUUGGAAGGCUACACUAGAGUUUUUGAAAGAAGCUUUUGCAUGAACUACACAUUCCAAUAACUUCUCAAAAUAAAAUGUUACUUCAUCUGUUAAAAA